AUGGUGAUGAAUGCGGCAAAACGAAAACGCGUCUUGACAAAAUUUCGAAAAGUCGUCCACGAAAUCGGACGUCAACGACUUGGUACAGAUUUUGACGUCAGUGUGGAACACCCCCUCAGUCUUGCCGAUAUGAAGCCCCGUGAUUCGACAGGGGAAUCCAUUUCUACCGGCGAAGAUGUGCUCGAAGAGUUCCGAGAGAUUGGCCGAGCAAGCACAGGCGAUGAAGAACUGGAAAUGGCGAUCUUCGACAGGUCGAAAACUCCCCAGGGAAACCUGGAUCGUCAACGCUUUAUACGGGUGAUAAGACGAACUGGCCUCCAACUUGAUGAUCCGAGACUUGAUCAAAUUCGACGGAACAUCGAUGAGUGUCACAAUUUCAUCAUGGAUAACAUCGAUGACGACGAGGUCCACCAUGGAAUCGAUUUUCUCUGCUUCCGAGGCAUCAUCAACAACAAUCAAGAGAUCCUCUAUCAAGCUUUUAACAACCAGUUUGUCAUCUCGGACUUUCCAACAUUCCUGACUGACAUUCGAGAAAUGUACAUUGACGCCUCGAAUAUUCAAGAGGGUCACUUUACUGAGUACACGAGAUAUCUGAAAGAGUACCACAGUACUGAUGAGUGGGGAGUUUCUUUUUGUUCUGUUGAUGGCCAGCGCGCUGGAUUCGGAUCGAACAAGCAGAUGUUCACACUGCAGUCACUCAUGAACCCUUUUCUUUAUGCAAUGAGUUUGGAUGACAUGGGACCGGAAAAAAUUCAUUCAAUCGUUGGCCAAGAAACGUCUGGCGGUCAAUACAACGUUAUUAAACUCGAUGAUAAAGGUCGUCCGCACAACCCAAUGGCUAACGCAGGGGCUAUUCUUUUGUCGUCACUAUACAAGCAGUCCCUCAAUAAGUCCGAACGACACGGAACAUUUCUCGCGGCACUUCGAAAAGUCGGCGGACUAAAGGCAUCCGCAGAAUCUUCCCUGAGUUUUGACUAUGCAGCAUUCAUGUCCGAACGCGAGGAUUGCCAUCGAAAUUCUUCAAUUUGCUAUUAUCUAAGAGAGAAAAAAUGCAUCGAUACAAACAUGGAUGUAGAACAAGUUCUCGACGUUUACACACAAAUGUGCAAUGUCACUGUCAACACUGACUCGCUCUCUGUCCUCGCUGCCACUCUUGCUAAUGGUGGAAUCUGUCCAAUUACUGGAGAGCAAUGUUUCUCCAACGAUGCUGUCAAAUCUACACUGUCGUGCAUGCUUGCUGCUGGUAUGAACGAUCAUUCCGGAAUCUGGGCGUUCACGAUCGGACUCCCCGCCAAAUCAGGAAUUUCAGGCGGAACGAUGAUCAUUAUUCCCAAUGUUAUGGGCAUCGCGCUAUACUCGCCAAAAAUUGACAAGUCAGCGAACUCAGCCAGGGCAGCUCAUUUCGCUUCAGUCUUGAAUGCGAAAUUUCAUUUCCAUGAGUACGAUCCUGUAAGACUCAAGUCGACCAAUUUCUCGAACAACACAGAAUCUGACACUGCUCAGCUCAUCAAACUAAUGAUAGCUGCAGAAAACAAUGAUGUGAAUCGACUCAUAUUCGCUCUCAUUAAUGGAUUCGACCUCUCGAAGCCCGGCUAUCUUGAGAUGACGCUCCUACAUAUUGCUGCAUCAAAAGGACACCUCAAGACGAUCCAGUUUUUGAUCAAUAAGGCGAAAGUACCCCAAGAGCCUCUUGAUCAAAACAGCCGUACGCCUUUGGACUACGCAAUUAUGCAUGAUCACCAAGAUGUCAUCGAGUUUCUGAGAAAAUCAAUCAAAGUCCCAAGCCGGGACCACACAAUCAUCAACGAAGAUGAUCUCGGAACUGGUCGUAUACCCGAUGAUCUCAAGAAAAAGAUGAAGACGCUUUCAAUGACUUCAGCUUCCGAAGAAGAAGAUCACUAUGUUCUCGAAUACUAG